AUGAAGACGACGGCACCUUUUUACUCGAUAUUCAAGCAUUUCACAUUCAGGCUAAUAUGUGCUGCUCUUUGCUUCGGAUUAUCAGGGAUGUCAAGAGGUACGUUAAUCGCCCGAAAACGCGUGUUCAAAUGGUUGAAAAAUAACUUGAAACAACAGGCCUCGACGAGGGCCUCAUUUCCACAUCCGUUGCUCAAAAUUCCUUUAUCAAUGAGUUUGGUCUGCAAGCCAAAUCCCCCCGAUGCAUCCCAGCAAGCGAAUCGCCUCUCGAAUAUCACCUCAAUGGUUCACAUUGGCAGCAUUCCCGGCGCGCUGAUCGCUUUCCUUCUUUGCGAGCGUAUGGGAAUGCUGUGGUCCAUGCGUCAGCUCUGUACGCUGUGGAUGGCGGGCAUUAUUAUCGUCAUCACUGCUAGUGGGAAACUGGGUCAAAUAUACGCUGGUCGUUUUAUAAUGGGACUUGGAAUUGGACAAGCUGGGGUUGUGGCGCCGACCUAUCUUGCAGAAAUUGCGCCCCGUAGCGCACGCGGUAUGCUGGUGUCUGUGUUUGGCAUGUCGGAAUAUAUUGGAAUUAUGGUUGGAUACUUCGCAGCAUGGGGAGCAGCGGUGCAUUUGUCGAGCAAUUCUUCUCGGCAGUGGAUUAUCCCGCAGUCGAUACAAAUAAUUGUAGCGGGUCUUCUGAUUAUGGGUUCUUUUCUUUGUGAAGAGAGUCCUCGGCAUCUAUGUCGACUAGGUAAAUGGGAUGAAGCAGGCAGGGCUUUGGGGAAAAUAUGGGGCCUGCCAGAUGACCAUAAUGAAGUUUCAGCGGAACUGGAAGGGAUCAAAGGACAAUUGGAGCAUGAACAAGAGCGCUCUUUAUACAGAUCAUGUAUUGGAUCUCUGAAGGAACUUUUCCUUUCUCGAUCUAAUCUCAGGAGAUUAUUGUUCGUGAUAUCUUCCCAGAUUCUUAGUCAAUGGUCUGGGGCCAAUUCUCUCACAACAUAUGCGCCCGAGUUAUUCUCCUUGUUUGGAAUCAAUGGUCAAUCCGAAAAGCUAUUCACAACAGCGAUCUUCGGUGCCGUCAAAUUUGUGGCAUCUCUUUUCUGUGCUAUCUUACUCAUCGACCACAUUGGCCGGAAACGGUCUUUGAUCUCGGGAAUUGUAGUACAACAAGUGGCCAUGCUGUACAUUGCAAUAUUUCUUACUGUUAACGCAUCCUUGGCUGGCGAUGAAUCCCCUUCGAGCAAAAGAGCAGCCCUCGGUGCCAUUGUCUUCAUCUACUUUGUAGGUAUCGGGUGGGCUAUGGGUUGGAAUUCGAUUCAGUAUUUGCUAAACGCUGAGAUAUUUCCUUUGCGAGUUCGCGCGACUGGCUCGAGCCUUUUGAUGUGUUUCCAUUAUGUCAAUCGCUACGGACUGUCCAAGGCUGUUCCGUCCAUUUUAUUGCAAAACUCCCUACAGUCUGAAGGGACCUUUUGGUUCUUUUCUAUAAUGACAUUUUUCGGUCUAUUAUGGGCGUGGAUUCUGCUACCGGAGACUGCUGGUCGGACUUUGGAGGAUACAAAUGGCCUUUUU